UUUCUAAAUCGGGAUCGUUUGCGGUCGAUCGUACGCGGAGUUUAACAAAUCAUUAUUAUCAAAUUACUCCGAUUUCGCCAUUCGAACCACAAAAAAAAAGCCGCGGAGGACCGACAGGGACUUUUCAUGUGGGAGACAGACGAAGCUCGAGAGGGAGCGGCGUGCAAUGCAGAGCUGCAGCCUCCCUUCCCCCAAAAAGGUUUCCGAGGGGGAAGAAGAGAAGUGCGGCUCCAGUGCGGGAGGAGCGGGGUGUUGGGAAGAUGCUGCACACCGUUGACUGGAACGUUUGAAGGGGCGAUCGACUGCUUUGGCUUCCCCCCUUCCUUCCCCCCCCCCCCCCCUUUUUUUUUUUCCUAUUUUUUUUCCCCCGCUCCCUCCCCCACCUCUCCGGAGGGGCAGCGAUGUGUGAUCACGGAGUGGAAACAAAUAUGUCCUUACUUUCAAUGCCCCCUUUGAAAGAGACAAAGUAAACGCUCUUUGCAAAAUGUUCCUGACCUGCGAAGGGACCUUCGGGAUUGUUCCAGCCACCAUGGAUUACAAUGGGGACGCCGGGCCGGGGCAUUUCCACGCCGGCUAUCAAGAAAUCGAAGGGAUAAACUUGGGAUACUUACAGAUCAAUGGCACUCAGAUGUUUGCUCUGGCCCAGGUCCUCAGCGACCUGUUCAAGGAUAUCCCCAGGACCACCAUCAGCAAGAAGAUGGAAACCUUAAAGAUUAAGAGCCGCCGCUGCGAUCUCCACGAGCUCCGCACCCUCAAAGCCAUCAACUCGGUGCCCACCCGCGCCGUGAAGUGCUCGCUCAUCUCCAAAGCGGACCUGGAGGCUCUCUGCACCUCCUGCAAGAGCCUCAGCCCCCGGCGGAGGAAGAGGAAGAGGAAAAGCAAGAGGAGGGAGCAGCUGCUGCUGCCGGACCCCGGGGAGCUUUUCUCCUGCCCCCGGCCCCAAUUGCUGCCGUCCUGCAGAGCCGGCGGCUGCUGCUCGUCCCCGACCCCCGCCCGCCCCAAGCUGCCCCCCGGCCUCAAGCCGCGCCCGCCGCCCGCGGCUCUCCUCCCGCAGCCCUUCCCUCGGGACUGCCCCGGCCUCGACAGGGCCCCGCGGGGUCGCAGGGGCUGCGCUCUGCCCGAGAGCGGGGGGCUGCUGGCCGGGGCGCUGGGCGCGUAUCCCCGGGACCUGACGCUGCUUCACCCCGCAGCCCCCGCCCCCCACCCCGGCCUCGGCCCCCGCUGCGCCAAAGGGUUCUUCCAGGCCGAGAAGGGCCCCUCGGGGGGGAGGAAAAGCCGCUCGUCCGCCUUUCCCGGUUGCAAGCGGCAGGGCACCUCUGCCGGGUAUUCCAGCGACUCGGACUCCAGCCUGGACUUCGCGGGGUCCAGCCCCGCCACCUCCAGCGACUCGUCGGAGGAGGAGGAGGAGGAGGAGGAAGGAGACACGUCGUGCAGCAGCGAGGAGGGCAGCUCCUCGGAGUCGGAGAGCAGCUCGCUGUGCAGCGGGGACUCGGUGCAAAGCACCCGGUACAGGCAGGCGGCUCUGCCCCGCUUCCAGCCGCAGCCCCCCCGGGAGCCCCUCGGCGACGAGCGGCCGUCGGAACCCCCCCCGGGUGCGGGCAAAGCGCUGCGGGCAGAGCCCGACCUCCUCUUCCUCUCUCAGCAGCUCUGGGCCAGGACUUUGCGAGCGUCAACUUCGGAAAGUUUGAGCUCGGCUCCGACCCUGGGCUCGGGGGCGCAGCCGGAGCCGUACGCGAAGCAGGAGGCCUCCACUUCUUCCUCCUCCUCUUCUUCCUCCUCCUCCUCUCCCCCCCCCUCCCCGAGCGGCACCCCCGGGGGGGACCCGCCACAAAAGGAGGGCGGCUUUGGGGGCGCGGAGCCCUGCGCCAAAGGAAAGGAUUUGCACAAAGAUGCCUCGAACAAUAGAGCCUCGUUAGGCCCCGGCGACCGAGCGGAGAGGCAGAGCGGUGCCGCAGCCGGGCCGGCGGCUUCCCAAGGGCCGCCCCCGGAGCCCCCGGCCCCAUCUCCGGCGCUGGCUGGGGGCCUCGGUCCGGACCCCCCCGGGGAAGCGGCGGAGCCCCGGCGGGAGCACUUCGACCGCCUGAUCCGGCAGUCCAAGCUGUGGUGCUACGCCAAAGGGUUCAACGUGGACGGGAAAAGUUUGCGGCACGGAGGGAGGACGGAGCCCUGCAAAGCUGCAGAGCUCAAAUCCCCCGGCUCCAAAAGAGCAGAGAGCCCCGGCACCUUGUCAAACAAAGCUUUGAGAGGCAAUGGCUCGGAAAGGAAUGCCAAGCGCAGACGCCUUGCCAGAGGCGCUGAGGCAGAAAGGCAACAGAGCUCCUCCAAAGGGAGGCCACAAAAGACUCAAAGGAGGAAUGCCAAAAAGGGAAACACUCAUUGCAAACGCCUCGGCAGCGCCGGGCCAACCCCGCCUCGGAAUUCCUUCAGCCUCAUGGGCAACUUCCCGUGUAUUCCCUCCUUGGUCGUGGGGGAAGACGGGGAUCUGUGCCCUGCCUCCUCCCUGGGGGGCAAAAACUCCUGGGCCCUUUCCAAAACCCACCCGCUGUGGAGAUGGCACGUGGGAGGCAACGCCAUUCCGGUGCCCCCCAGCCUCAAAUUCCGGGGCUAUAGCUUGGAGGAUCUCUAAGGACAGCGGACGGCCCCGCACGAAAGCCCCACCUCUGGAUGCCAAAAAGAAAAAAGGAAAAAAAAAAAAAAGAGAAAAAAAAAAAGCCGACACGAGGAAAGAAUAGAUCCAAUUUCUCCCUUUUCCUCCAUAAAUGCAUUGGAUUAAACCCAUAAUAAUCACACGCAGAGAGAACGAAUGAUGUCACGCAGCAGAAACUCGCGUUUCGGCCCCGCUCCGUCCCAACGAAACCGACGGCCGGCGAUCCCAAAUCGCCGCGUUAAUCGCGAUCCCCAAAUGUUUUCUGUCUGCUUCAGGGACGGGAUGAAAACACCGACUUUAAAAAGAGCAGGAAAUGCUGUUUGCUAAAAGAAAACAGGAGGCUUUGAGGGGAAGUUAUUUGAGACUGCUGCGUGUGUAUUAACAGGAAAGGAAAGGCAGAGCAGGGGGUUGUUUGCUGGAUAACAACCCGCUCCGACAGCCCGAAGGUAGCAGGCCUGUAAAAGCUUUACGGGCACGAGAAAUCGGAUCCAGGAGCAUUAGCAAUAGCGCACAGAUGGACAAUUUGAUCCUUCCCGAGCUCCGGGGUGGAAUGCGGGGAAGAAUGCGGAGGGAAUGCGUCGCCCUGUGCAGAGGAAAUCAAACCCCGCUUUAACUUUCCUCGCAAAGCAGCGUCUUUGUGCCGGCCCUUCGGACCGCUGCUCUGCGAAGCCCUCCGUCUCGUUUCGGGAACGCGAAGCCCAGAGAUGCGGCUUUACGGAGCGGGGGGGAGGAGGGGGGGGUUCCCCUUCUUUUCCAUUCGCAGCUGCGGGUCGGGGUGGGAGCUUUUCUGCGACCCCCGGCUGGGAGCCCAUCGCAGAGCUGAGCCCGGGGAAUGGGAAGGGAAGAGGGAGAGGAAGGGAGAAAAGCACGGAACCCCCGGAGCCGGCACGGCACGGCCCGCUUUCUUUCUUUCUUUCUUUCUUUCUUCCUAUAUUUCUUUUUGUUUUUUGUGGGGGGGGGGGGGGGGGGGGGGAGUUAAACUUUAUCCGAGAGUUAAAAGAAAAAGAAAAAAAAAAGAAAAAGGAAAGAAAGAAAGAAAGAAAAAGGCGUUUUUAACGUCCAACGUAUUUUGUCUCUGUUCAGCGCUGUUUAUAUUGGAGACGGCGAAUUGUUGCUAAAAGCGGUGUUUGUUUUACUUGGGUUUGGAGCGGGUUUUUUUGGUUUGUUUACACCCCCUUUCCCCCCCCCCCCCUCCCCCCCCCCCCCUUCCCCCACCGUUUCUCUCUCGCUGAGCAGGGAGGGAUUUCUUUCGGAUUCCCUCGAUCGGCUCCGCGCUCCGACGCGGCCGGGAUGUGGCUGCUCACAUCUCCACCCCCCCCCUCCCUCCCUCUCCCCGGAUUCUGAUUAAAACCUCAAUUUUUUUUUCGGAAAGGAAAACAGUUCAUAGGAAUUAAAAAAAAGCGGCCGAGUGGAGGAUGGAGAGCUGGGAGCGGGAGGACAAAGGAAUCGGGGGAAAAAAAAAACAAA